UCAGAUCAAAGAAAUGAGGGAGUCAAUGGAAGAGUUGGGCUUUCCAACUCCAGAGCCUGUUUUAUUUCACGACGCAAUUCCCUUCUUUAAGUGCUAGAAAAACGGCGGGCACCAUAACUCUUGGCUUUGAAGAAACAAGUGUCUCUUUUUAUUUCCCAAAAAGACAGAGGCUGGAAAGACGAAGGAUUUAGAGAUCUAAGCCCCACCAUGUCCUGCUCAGGAAACUCCGGGUCCUCUGCUCUUCCUCUGCGCUGACGGCACUUAAUCACACUCACGGCGCUGUAAUGGACUUCACAUGCACUCGCACGCCUCCGCCUCGUACCCUUUUCUUCAUCUCCUCCUCCUCCUCAGAGGAGCUGCUCUCCUCUGUCAUAGUGAUGUAGGGUCACGAGAAUGGGGAAACACCUUCCAAGGAGAAGGCACACUUGCACUCUCACAACACACACACACACACACACACACAAACGCGCGCGCACACACACACGCGGAGCUGCCUCAGUGCUGAAUGGUGAGAGCUGCAUGCUGCAGGAGCUGGAUAGCAGGAUUUACCCAAACUGAAGUGGUCCAGAGGGGCAUCGGAAUGGACCCGCGAUCCUCCACUCCUGAGUCAUAAAGAUACAAGAAUAUCAGAGAGCAAACAGAAAAGGAGGCUAGUGUUUCUCUGUCACCUGAUUUGUGGAGUUUUAACAUGGGAUGAGCUCCUGACACCAGAACUUCCUGUUUAUGGCCAGCUGCGUCCCAUUGUAUCCUGACUGAGAGCCCGACCGGACCCUGGCCUCUGAGCGCCGAUCCCUAAACCUGGGGGGGUGUGGGGGAUCGACCGGGAGAAAAUGCGGUGCGCCACCCUCUCCACCCUGCUGGCGGGGGUCAUGCUGUACCUGGCGAUGGGAGCGCUUGUUUUCAUGACCCUGGAGUCCCCCAAGGAGAAUUCGGCCCACGAAGUACUGCUUCAAACCAGGAAUAACUUCCUCUUCAAUAACUCCUGUGUCACCGAGUUGGACUUUCGCAAACUAGUAAAGGGACUGGUGUCUGCGGUCGAGGCUGGUCUGGACGUGAGCAGCCUCUCUGCCAACCUCACCACCCGCUGGGACAUGGCCUCCGCCUUGUUCUUCUGUGGUACCAUCAUCACCACCAUAGGUUUUGGGAAUCUGUCGCCACGGACGUCGUCCGGCCAGUUGUUCUGCGUGUGCUACGCCCUGGUGGGCAUCCCUAUGUUCGGCAUACUGCUCGCUGGAGUGGGCGACCACAUGGGCACGGUGCUGCGGAGAGCCGUGGCCAAGAUUGAGACCCUCUUCCUGAAACGUAAGGUCAGGCCCACGACCGUGCGCGUGAUCUCUGCCGUUCUCUCCAUUCUGAUUGGCUGCCUGAUCUUCCUCGCCGUGCCGACAGUCGUGUUUCAGAAAGUGGAGGACUGGUCCUUUCUGGAGUCCCUCUAUUUUGUGGUCAUCACUCUCACCACAGUGGGCUUCGGAGACUAUGUACCUGGUGGUGGCCGCGAUGACCGCAAGUUCUUCAAGAUUCUGGUGUUGCUGUGGAUAGUGUUUGGUCUGGCCUAUUUUGCCUCCAUCCUCACUAUGAUAGGCAACUGGCUGAGAGUGCUGUCUAAGAGGACUCGUGCUGAGAUGGAGGAGCUGAGGGCCCACGCCACAGACUGGACACAGAACAUGUCCAUGGACUUCCGCAUCCCGAACCCCCUGGAAUUCAACGACCCUUUCCUCCUGCAGCGCCGGCGCUGGAAACGCAGCGAGCGUCGGCGCAUUCGCCGAGGAGCCCAGGGCACUCUGGGAUACUGGGUGCGGGGGGGUUCUGAGAACGGACACCUGCCAAACAGCUGGGCCGGUCUCUCCAGCUCCUUGAGUCGACUGGAGGCCCAUUCGUCGCUGGAGAGGGCUCGGGCGGCCAAAGCCAGGCCACGGGUCAGUGCUGCCGAAGGGGCAGCGGUGCCGCGGGCUGUGGUGGGGCUGAGGGUCGACCCUGCUGUGGGUGCGCAGGCGCAGGCCCAGUCGUUCCAUCACCUGCUGGCCCGCUCAUUUUCCCUCCCCGUGGCUCACUCCACCUCAGAGCUGGACUCGGCAGGUGCGGCCAUGCAGGAAGAAUCCCUCUCUGGGUCGGAGUCCCCAUCUGACUCCAGGUCGGACGGCUCUUCCGUCUCCCUGUCGUUCUCGCCGCUCCCCAAGUUCCAGCCCUGCCGCAUAGUCAGCGGUGUGGAGGAGGGAGAAGUGAGGCCCGCGCAUGUCAAGGCGGCACAAGGGGCGGACAAACGGAUUCCAGCGGAAAAGUGGGAAUCUGUAGCGGGCAACAGCCACAAGCAUGCACCUGCCCCUAGCUUUCCCUCUCACUCCUCCCCUCUUCACCUCUCCUUCCAGCCAGUCCUCCCUCCCUCCCUUCCCUCACCCCCCUCCCCUCCCUCCCUUCCCUCCCCUCCCUCUCCUCCCUCCUCGCCCUCCCCUCACUCCUCCCACUCCUCUCUCUCUGCUCACGGCCUCCCCGCCCUCUCGUCAGGCUGCCAGCUGCUGGAUUUCUUUGGAGAGAACCUGGCGUACAUCGACGAGUCCUCGGACACGCUGAGCGACCGCACCCAGGCUUCCACCAGCGAGGAGAAGAAGAAGCGGCCGCGAAAGCCCAAGAGGAGGAGCAUGAGGAGGCAGCUGCCGCACAGGUGGAGCCCCCGGCAGGUGAGGAAGCUCAGCUGCGACAUGCAGCCUCCGUCGAAUCCCCCUACGCCACCUCCGGGCGCCUCCCCGUCAGACCUGACUCAGUCCGAGGACCAGACAGACUCAGCCGCUGCUCUCUGACGACCACCACGCUCAUAGCGUGGUGCCAAAGUCCAGAUGUGACGGAACAUCAGAAUCAAAGCUGUGGGUUUGCAGCAGAGGACCUGACAAUCGUAGAAUUUAGAAGACACACACCUUGUGAAAAUCUCACCAUGAUGAAUGUAUCAGUUGUCCAGGAUGUUUUAGUAUUUAUGGUAAGUCUCACAAAUGUUGCACUGUUAACUUACUGACUUUAGCAUUCACCGCUGGUGUGACUAAAACUCUCAUCUUCUGGUUUGGGAUUAUUGCUCGUGCAUCGUUCUCAACAUGCAGAAGAGAUAAAUGUGCCUUAACUUUAAAACGGACCACACCUGGAGUAAACAGCCAGUCACAGGUUUGAGGAGGCGAUGAGUCACAUCAUCAUCCAGAUAUCAUCACACAUAAUUACUUGUUGAACUGCUUUCAGCCGCUGAUCUUAGUAAAUCGUCAGCAGACUUACACGACACUAAAUCCCAAACUGAAUUUGGCUGCGUGAAGCUAACCUUUGGGGACUGAUUACGAGCUUUAAAUUGGGUGCAGGGUUUCCCGCAGCGUUUCAUAGCACUUGACCACCUCGCUUGGAAAAGACCACUUCCGCUGACAUAAGAACAAAUGCACUUUUACAAAAUAUGACAUUAAAAGGGAGGAACAACAAGGAACGAGUAAAUGAUAUGUAUUUAAAGUGUGUUGACGUUGCUAUGAACUAACUAAAUUAAUCACGAGACGCUUGCUGUCAAGAUCUGGGUGGCUUACCACCUUGGCUAAAAUAAAAUUCCCGGGGGAAAACCCAGCAGUGGGCGGAGAAGCUGAGCCACAACAACAGAACGUCAGCUUCAAAGCACAACAGGGCCAUUAUUCACGGCAGGACCAGCGACAGUCCUGGAUUGUAAUGUCGUCACACAGGUCCCGACGACGGGAAACCUUCAAGACUGAAGUCUUCCGGUUGUUUGAGGGAUGAGAGAAGGGGGCUACUACUUCCUGGUUAUUUGAUUGGCUCAUUACACUGCUGUUAAAUAUUUUCAAAGGUUAAAAAGGGUUUUCAAAAAAAAAAAAAAAAAAUGUCAAACAUUUUUGUGCCUUUUGUCUUUGGUACAAAUGGAUAAAAAGUUUAAAAGCUUAUUCUGAAGUUUGUGGUGUGAACCAACUAUACUAUCAAGUGUCCUUAACCUUAAGUCACCGUUGGCAAGAUUCUGCUUGUGGCCACUUUUCCUCUUGGUUGAACAUUUUUAUUAUUAUUUUUUUUAUUAUUAUUAUUAUUUUUACUAAAUAAUUGCGCAGGUUUUUAAAUCCGUUUGCACUCCUUUUGUGUGCAGCCUGUACUCAGCUGAUCUCUGUCACACGUCCCAUAAUGUCUUAAAGUUAUCCAUUAAAGUGCUCUGCCCUCGCUUAACUCACACAGUCAUUUGACGUUUACCCAAACUCUUUGUGAUUGUUUGUUGUAUAACUGUGGACAUUUUCUUAAAGGGCUCAUGUGACAUCUUGCUCGCUCGGCUUACUGGGACGCACACUGGUGGCCUAUUAGUCCAGUCAGCGGUUUCACACGAUCCCACUGAUCAACAGGUGGCAGCAACGUGCCAAGAAACACAAUGAACACAGGAGGCUGGUAAACACUUAAAUAAUGUAGAUCUUUUCAAAUGUUAUUAGGGAAAAAGUGCAUUCAACUCAUUGGUUCGACCUCUGAUGGUGAAGGAGAAGGAAACUUUACGCCUUUAAAUAGUAAAAUCCUGAAAAAACAUUACGUUUGGCAAAAUAGCUGAAGAAAACAAAUAAAACAAAGUAAAUAGCCGUGCUUUAGAGUUCCUAGUAAAAGGUAUAAACUAUGUAGACAGUGCAAAGCCACUGUGACCUGAACCCUGAAAGUCCUGAGUGAACUCAGCUCCUGUGGGAUAAAUGCAUUACUCAGAAUCAGGAAAUACUACACAAGGCUAUUGUGGCAUCGUGCCCUCCACCAGGGCCAAAAUAAGUAACUGACUGAAUCCACAUAGAUUCAGGCUCCCACAUAUUUUGUCACUUGUUGACAGAAGUCUGGAAGGAGAAGCGGACGGCUCAUGGCGGUUUGCUGCCCAUGAUCCAUCAGCAAUACUGUCAAUAUGAGUGCUGACCAAUGAAGGGCAGUUUCUUUUCCGUCGUUAUGUGUUAUGAACAGACUGCCAGAAUAUUUUGAACACAUGACCUUAAACUGAAAUUUAAUGUUCUGUUUAACUUCGUGAUACGGGACACCGGUUGUGAAGUGUCAAAUUAACAGACCCAGACAUUUAUUAUGGGUUAUUAUUAAGAUUUAGAGAUCUACUGACUCCGGCAAAACAUCACAAAAUGUGUUUGUUUUUUUUAUUUUUUAGAAUCUAUGUAUUACACCUUGAGUCUAAGUAACUGUUUGCUAAAUGGUGCCUCAGAUCUCCACUAGCUUUUAUGCUGUAUGAUGCAGAAAAUUGUGUCUCGUCCCACAACUGUAUGUUUUCAUUUUUAACCAAUAUAAAAGUGAUAAGUCACAAAAAGUGAAAAAUAAAUAAAUAAUGAAAAGCAUUCAGGUGAAAGUGUUCAACUUAACUAUACUCCACUAUAAAUAAUUGUUACGUAUUUUUUUUUCUCAUAAAGUUCAAUGUUUCGUUAUCAAUUACAUGUUUUCCUGCACAGAUGACUGAAUUUGCAGAAAUUAGGAAAGGUGACAGUAGAACAAAAUUACUCCCGUGUAUCAGUGUGAUAAUACACAACUUAACUGCAAGUUGUGCAUGUAAGUCUCAUAAUUAGGAUAUUAAUCAUGUUUUACAUGAAAAAUAAAUGAUAAAGUUCCCAGUGGUCACUUUAUAUGUUCUAAAUUGUUAA